GCUGUGUAGGACAAUAACCGUGUUCGUUGGAAUGGUGUUGGGUGCAGUCUCAGGACAAAGUACUGUCCAACAGUCUGCUUGUAUUAAGUCCCAUUGCGUUGGGGUCUCCCUGAUGGAUAUACAAACAAACUACCAGAGACAGGGACAGGAUAUGAGAGAUGUACUACAAAAACUGGAGACAAUCGAAUCAGAUCAAAACACAUUGAAGAUCAAAGUAGAUGAACUGAUGGCAGACAAUGCUCAACUUCGUGAAAAUAAUGCCAAACUGGCUGAUAAUAUAACUGAACUAACAUUGGAUAAAAAUCAGCUCAGUGAAAAUAUUCACAUACUUGGAGAAAAGUUCCUAAACUUGAUGUCUGAAAACUAUGAUAUGAGGUAUGAAAUUAUGAGAAAUCGUAAAACCAAUGAGGAAAUGGGCGAUAAUGUUGAUCUGCUUGCUGCAAAUGUAACCAUUCUCAUUUCUACAGUUGAUGAUUUCAGCAAAUUCAUUGGAAAUAUGACAAACUUAUCCAAAUGCGAUACAUGUGAUGAACUUUAUAAGAAGGUUGAAGUGGCGAUCAGAAAUGCGACAAUCCUCAGAGAAGAGAGUGACACCUUGAUUGCCGAGAAUAAUGCCUUAAUUGCAAACUUGCAUAGAGAUAAUAAGGACCUCAGAGAAGAAGUGCACAAUUUGGCCGGAAAUAUAACAACCCUAACAUCAAACUACGAUGCAAUAAUACAUCCUUCUAUGAAAACCUACAAUGAUACUGGCAUCUGGGGGAAAGUUGACGAACUCACACAUAAGAUGACUGCAUUGAUCACAGAGAAAAAAGAAUUGAACAGCAAAGUAAAUGACCUUAUCAUAGUGAUUGAAAAUCUUGGAGUAUCUGAUGAAAAUGGCACAACCUUGAAUGGAAGUUCUCACCACGAUUCAGGCUCCCAACAGGAUGAUUCGUUACAUGACAAUAUAACAAAACUGAUCACAGAUUUGAAUGAUUUACAAGAGAAAAUAUGUCAAUAUGAUACUCAACUUCGUGAAAGCCAUGCUGAAUUUGCUGCUAAUAUUACCUUACUAACACUGGACAAAAAUCAGCUGAGUGAAACAAUUGACAGACUUACGGAAAAUAUCACGAACCUGUCUUCUGAGACAUUCGCUGCUCGUGAAUGGAGCAAAUCCAAUGGAAAUAUGACAGAUCUAUCUAGAUGUGAAACAUGUAAUGGACUUAGAGGAGAGGUACAUAAUCUGGCAAGAAAUAUAACUGCUCUAACCUUAAACUAUAGCAACCUACAUGUUAACACAAACACCUGUAAUAUUACUGUUAUCAAGAGUAUAGUUGAUGAACUCAGUAAAAACUUUACAGCUUUCAAAUUCAACAACAUUGAUUUGAGAACAAAAGUUGCAGAACUCACUGAACGGAUAGAUGUUGGAAAUGUGACAGGCUUAAAUGGACAUUCUCAACCAGCUUCAGGGUUAACGCAAGAUGUUAAAGUGUUGCAUGACAAUAUAACAGAACUGAUCACAGAUAUGAAUGACAUGAGAGGGGAAAUGAAUCGAAUAGCUGGAUUGCCAAUGAAACUGAUGAAUCUCAGUGAUAGUAUGACAUUAUUAAUGCUGGAUAAUCACCACUUGAACACCAAAGUCGAUGAACUGACAAAAAAUACCACUUUAAAUGCUAGACACAAUGAACAAACUUUUAUAAUAUUGGAUGAGAAAGUUAACCAAAUUAUUGACAAUAUGACAGAGCAUAAAUCUGUUACAGACCAGAUUACUGAAUCUGUAACAAAUCUGACAACAGAAAACAUCAAGAUGAAUUUAAAUGUUGACAAAAUCAUUCACAAUGUAACAGUCCUGACUUCAGACAAAGAUAGACUUGUCGAAAACAUCAGUGAUCUGAUGUUAAACAAACAUAAACUGGAUGAAACAGUUGAACAACUUGUUCAUAAUACAACAGCCAUGAAGGCAGCAGAACUUGAACUUGAGACAAAUAUAUCCAUCCUUACACAUCACAAAGAUGAGCACGUUGAGCAUAUUGAACAAAUGAUUACAAAUCUGACAGCUCUGAGAUCAGAGAAAGAUAAACUAGCUGAUAGGGUUGUGGUCUUGACAUCAGAUUAUGAUAAAACCACUGGGACUAUUGACCAAAUCAUUGGAAAUAUAACAGUCUUAACAUCAGACAAGAAUGAACUCGCUGAAAAUAUCUCUGGCCUGGCAUUAGAAAAAGAUGAUAUCAAAAGAGGUAUUAACCAAAUCAUUGUAAAUCUAACAGCCUUGACAUCAGAGAAAGUAGAAAUCAACAGAUACAUCAAAGUAAUCAACGAAAAUAUAUCAGCCUUGAUAUUAGAUAAGAAUGAACUUGCCAACAAUAUAAUAGACCUGAUAUCAAACAAAGAACAAAUCAACGGAGAUAUUGAGAAAAUCAUUGUCAAUGUAACAACCCUAACCUCAGAAAAAGACAAACUUGUUGAAAAUGUAACAGCAUUGACAUCAGACAACGAAAAACUGACAUCAAAUGUUAUAGACCUGACAGCACAAAAAGAGGAAAUGAAUAGGAAUAUUGAGAAAAUCAUUGUAAAUGUAACAGAGCUGACACUAGACAAAGAUGAACUUGCUAAUAGUAUAAUGAACCUGCAAUCUGAAAAAGAUGAAAUUAGUAUAAAUAUUGACGAAAUCGCUGUAAAUGUAACAUCAUUGGCAUCUGACAAAGAUAAAUUCUUUGAGAAUAUUAUAGGAUUAACAUUGAAAACAAAUGAAAUUACUGAAAAACUUGACCAAUUGGUUGAAAAUGUAACAUCAGAUAAAGCUGAAGUUGUGGAAAAAAUACAAGAUCUGAUAUCACAUAAUAGUGAGCAAGUUGAAAUGGUCAAAGAAAUCAUUAGAAAUGUAUCAGCUUUGACAUCAGACAAAGACCAACUUAAUGAAAAGGUUAUAGCCCUGACAUCAGACAAGAAUGAAAUUGACAGAGAAGUUGACCAAGUCACUGGAAAUGUCACAACUUUGAUAUCAUAUCAAAAACAGCUAGAAGAACAUGUAGUAGCUUUGAUUUUAGAAAACCUAAAACAAAAUGAGAAACUGGAACAGAUUACUGCAAAUGUUACAGACCUUACAUCAGAUACAAAUGAACUCAACCGAGAGGUAAACACUCUCACUUGGAAUGUAACUGCUUUAAUUUUGUAUAAAAAGCAUAUUCUAAGUGAAAAAUUUGAAAAUAUCAAAGAAAACAUCACAGCUCUGGGUGUUACUACAAAUGAGCAAAGGAGACAGAUGAACUCAAUGGCUACUGACCUGAAUUUUAAGGUGGGCAACCUGGAGCAUACCUUCCAUGUUGUAUCUACACGUGUGAACAAUCUUGCAUAUACAACAUAUGUGAGGUGGGGGCGAACCAUUUGUCCCAAUAGCACCACAACACUUUAUGAAGGAAUAACUGGAGGGUCACAUUGGGAAAAAACUGGAGGUGGGGCGGAAUACAAGUGUCUCCCUCUUCAGCCUCAAUGGGGGAACUUCAAUGACCGCACAGCCCGAUACUCAGCCUUAAUGUAUGGAGUUGAAUACCAAGUUGAAGCACCAGAUGCAAAUCCAUUCCUCCAUACAAAUGCCCCAUCUGACAGUAAUUCUCUAAACGACCGUGAGGUACCAUGUGUCUUGUGUGCAGUUCCAAGAGUGACAACAUUAAUGAUCCCAGCUAGGAAUACCUGCCCAAGUGGGUGGACACAGGAGUAUAAAGGAUACUUAAUGGCUGACUAUACAGAAGGUCACAGAACCAGCUGGAUAUGCGUGGACGAGGCCCCAGAGGCAAAAGAAGGGAGAAGUAGAAUUAAUGAUAAUCAAGCUAUGAUCUAUGUUGUUGAAGCAAAGUGUGGCUCUCUGCCUUGUUCACAAUACAUAAAUGGACGUGAACUUACCUGUGUAGUCUGCACUAGGUAAACAUUUCAACUAGAAAACUUUACUUCUUCAUUUUGCAUAUGGAUGAACAGUAUAAUGUAAAAUACCAAAUGUACAUAAUCUAUACUACUGUAUAUACAGGGUGGUCCAAAAAAAAUUGGAACAUUUGUUAAUUGAACGCAAACCCUUUAUUUUUCUUCUAAAAUGUACCAAACUCUUACUGAGCAUAGUUCAGUCACUUAUUCAUCUGAUGUAAAGUUUAUAGGUGAAAACCACAAAGUUAAUGCAUUAAACUAGUCGAUAUUUGAUAUGACCCCUCUUCUCCUGACUUACAAGUUGAAGCCUGGGGCUCAGAUUUGUAAAUAUUCAAUUAGUUUGCUGUUAGUCAGCUUGGUCAAACUUCCUAUUUGUUUGCCUUGUGAGAUCAAAUCUAGUAACAUAUUUAACAUUUUUUUACCCAAAUUCAUGAGUAUCAAGCAUAUUUUGAUGGCUAUUGUUGGGUGUAUUACUGAUUGAAUAUUCUCCAGAAAGAGGCCAGGGCAGUCUGAUUUGACUGGUAAAUGAAGCCCCCUCCCCUUAAUUGUUCUGAUAUGAAUGAUAUCCAU